AACAGUAUUUAUCUUUAAUCAAGCAAAACCCACAUCUUAUACUGUCUCGGAGUGGUUUUAGAAAUUUGAUUUAAAUUGUUAUAGAUUUAACCCAAUUUGACAAUGAACCCACAUUUUCAAAUGACGUUCUCAGAUUUUUUAGCCCUCUGGUACGGAGGCUACUCUUUUUUGCCAGUUUUACUGGUCGCCAACACCGGAAUCUGUUUUGUGGUGUCCUAUCUCAUAGCUUACGGCCAGGGUCAUAUUUUCCCAUUCUGGCCUUAUAUUUCAGACGCCGGCGCUCACGCCCCUGAAAGCUGCUAUUUCGGCCAACUUCUCAAUAUUUCGGCUAUGUGUGCUAUCGUCUUCGGAGUGCUUCGCUAUUGGAUGAUCAAAGCAUACAUGGAACGUGAGCUAAUUUCGACCAACGUGAACUGGAUUAUGAACAAACUAGGACUGAUUUUGAUGGUUUUGGCGGGAUUCGGGAUGUCAAUGGUGGCCAAUUUCCAGGAAUCACAUGUUUCUCAACUUCACUUCAUUGGAGCUGCGAUGACCUUUGGGCUUGGUGGAUUUUAUGUACUCACCGAGAGUUUCAACUCAUAUACCCUGCGACCCGUGUUCUCAAGUCGAAGAGUGCCCUUAAUCCGAACACUCCUCGGAGUGUCGUCGCUACUCGUGAUCGGAAUAUCAGUUGGCGCCUCAAUGGUAGCCUCUACCCAAUGGGAAGACGCCAUGCGCACACCCUCCCACAGUCAAUACGAAUGGCAAAAAGGAGACCCUGGAUACAUCUGGCACGUGAUUUCAACUGGGUGCGAAUGGGCAUCGGGGACAUUUUUCCUCCUGUUUUUUGUCACCAUGAUACCAGAGUUUAGAUGUUUUUCAUUGGACGUGAAUAUUCAACUAAACCACAGCCUUCUAAAUGUGAACAUUUCUGAACAAGAAAACUGAACAUGGUUUUUUGAAAAUUACAGGAGAUAUCAGAAUUUAAAAUAUAUUUAUGACCCCGUGACUAUUUUUCUGAACAAGGUCAAUGCAAAUUAAUUUCCGAGCCUUUGCUUAAAAUACACAAACCCACCCUGAUUUGAUAAAUUUUAUAUUUUACAGUUCAAAUUUGAAUUAGCUUAAAAUCUUGUAAAAUUGUUUAUUUUAUGUUGUCAGCUAUACUCUCAAAAAAUUUGAUAUGUAUUUAACAAUCCUAGAUUAGUAGAUUUUAAUAGAUCAGCAAAAUACGUUGAACAAAAGAAAUAGUUUUUUUUUUCAACUUUAAGCUUACAAUUUGAAUGAACCCUUAUCUUGUAAUCUGAUUUUAUCAUC